AUGCACAGCGUGAAUAUUAAAUAGUUGGAGUAUUUAAAUAUAUAAGUUUAUAAAUAUAAUGGAAAUCUCUUAAAUUAUAGACAAACAAAUAUUUUUUCUACGAAUCUCGGAGCAGAGCCAUGUAUAACGGCAGCACGGGAAAAGUUCACCCGCAGGAAGGAGGAGGUCAGCAGCAGCAGUAUGAGCAGGAUGGGGACAUUGGUUGCUGUGGUUAUGUUUUAAUGGGAUUUUCCUACAUAUUAGUAGCACUCUUCUUCCCAUUUUCUCUGUGUGUGACAAUUAAGGUUGUGCAGGAAUAUGAGAGAGCGGUCAUCUUCAGGCUUGGGCGAGUUUUGCCUGGUGGAGCCAAAGGCCCAGGUUUAUUCUUCAUCUUACCCUGUAUCGAUGACUUUAAGAAGGUGGACAUGAGGACUCUUACCUAUGAUGUCCCUCCUCAAGAAAUCCUCACUAAAGACUCUGUCACAGUGGCUGUAGAUGCUGUGAUUUACAUAAGAAUCUUUGAUGCUACCAUGGCCACAGUAAAUGUGUCUGAUGCCUAUCAGUCUACACGUCUGCUGGCAGCCACCACUCUUAGAAAUGUCCUUGGAACCAGAAAUAUGUCAGAACUUUUGACAGAUAGAGAUGCCAUUUCAGCCAUGAUGCAGCAUCAACUGGAUGAAGCAACUGAUCCCUGGGGUGUCAAAGUAGAGAGAGUGGAAAUUAAGGAUGUGAGACUUCCCAUCCAGUUACAGAGAGCUAUGGCUGCUGAGGCAGAAGCUGGAAGAGAGGCCAGGGCUAAGAUUGUCGCAGCUGAGGGAGAACAGAAGGCCUCGCGGGCUCUGAAGGAAGCUGCUGAUGUCAUCACGGAAUCCCCCGCUGCCCUCCAGCUCCGGUAUCUACAGACCCUCAACACCAUCGCAGCAGAGAAGAACUCCACCAUUAUCUUCCCUCUCCCAAUAGAUCUCUUAUCAUCCUUUGGUACUCAGAAACAAGAUGUAACUAAAUUCUGAUCGGGAGUUGGGAUCAAAUGUAAGGGAGGUACUGGUCCAAGUGAAGCAAUUGAUAUUUACGAAAAAAACAAAACUGAGAAGGUACAUUGUAUUGUACUAUCUGCAGUGUUCAUAGUAUACCCUGACACUACUCACAUCUGCCUCUGUAUACGCCAGAAUCAUUGUCAUUCUGAUGCUUUGUAAUUUGAAAAGAAUUAUCUUUGUAAAUUAAAUAAUUAUGAAAUUUUAAGACUAUUAAAUUCUGGAUUGGUCAUCUAAUGUUUCUCCUUGCCUGGGAAUAUUGAAUGUUUCAGAAUGGUUGAACAGUGUAGGUGUGGUAUGACUCCCAUUUUCACUUUCACAGUUUGGAUUUAACUGCAGUGUAGUCAAUCAUGACAGUUUGUCUAUAAAUACUUGUACUAAUAUCAAUGUUGUAAUGGAUUGGUUAUCACAAAUUGUCAGCUUUAUUACUUUGAUAUUAUUGCAGACUUCUGACACUUUUUAACAAAAAAAAUGGUAUUGAACUAGAGUACUCAACAUACUGUAAAAGAUUGAAGGGUUGAAAGGUCAAUGAUUUCAGUACAUGGUCCUCUAGGGUAUAAGCAGAAAUUUUAGUGAAGAUCCAAUUUUAGUAUUUUUAGCAAGGGUAUUGUGAUCACUCAGAUAUCACUAACAAUUUAUUCCACAUCAGAGGGUAUGAUUAUCUUUUUAAUUCACUAAAAUUACUUCUCACUAAAAUUGAAUACAUGAUUUUUUAACAACAAAUUACUAAAUUUGCAUAAAGCUAAAAAUUCCACUUACACUCAGUGUAUUCAAAUAGCGAGUGGAAACUUGGAAUGUUCUAUAGGUGUUUAACAUUGAAGAAUGUGAAAUUCAAUGAGUAGAAACUUUAUCAAUUUAAUUUUGAAAAAUUCGUCAAUUUCGUCAACAUUUUCACAUCGCCAAAGUUUACACUUAAUUGAAAAUGAUUACAUGCAUUUCUUAUGCAUAAGAUUCUAUUUUCCAAAAUGUUCGAUAUUAAUGAAAAAUCUACAUAUUGUCACAUAUUACCAUUGUCAACUAUAUGACUUGACAUUCUAUUGAGAACAGUCUUGUGUAAGUGUGAAUCCAGGUGGAGUGCUUUAAGCCUAAAAAGAUGAAAUAUGUAAACUUUGAUUACUAUAGAACAUUUUAGACUUGAUAUUAAAGGAUUCUUUUAUUUUAAAAAAAGAAGAAGAUGCAUUAAAAUAUGUUGGAUUUAACUGGCAUUACUUAUAAAUCAAAAUAUUACUUUUCCUGAUAUUUGUUUUGUUGCUGUUUAAUUUUAAAACAACUGCUUUGCACUCUCUGACAAUUAAUUUUUUUAAUGUUUACGCAUCAGCACCUACACAUUUUUCCUAUAGAGAGGAUUCAGUUCUUUUUUAUAGAAAUCCAUUGUUUUUUUUAAUUAUUUUUUAUUUUAUAUUUUCCUCUGUUUAAUCUUUAAUAUAUUUGUAUUUUGGUAAUUUAUAGAAGAAGGCUGCAAAUAAGUUAUUUGUACAUGUAUGUGUUACUUUCUGUAAAGAUAUUGUAAAUAAUAUCAAAUGUAUGUAAAGUGUAAAUAAAUUACUAAUAAAAAUUUCAGCAAA